GUGAGUCAAGCACAUUUUUACUACGAAUGGCUUUCGAUGUGAACUCGGAGCAUAGGUUCCAAAAGUCAGAAACACUGAUCACUUUAAGGGCGCGAUUUUCUUGCGCGUGCAACAUUUGCGUCACAGAGAUUUAUCUUUAUGACGUUCUCAGAGCGAGCGAAAAAAAACGCGUGCUAGCAGACACGAAGUGAUUUGAAAAUAUUGCGUGUAAGGUCCAAUGUACGAAAACGGUAUGGGUCCGGUUGCACAAGAAACUGAAGAAACUUCCGCGAGCGAUUCGAUAUUGUUCAACAGUGAUUCAUUAUGUUCCUCGCUGGGCCUGUCACAAGAUUUGGCUGUGAAUGAAAACGGACUCAAUGAGAACCUGAACAUGGAAUAUCCCGAGGAGUCGGUCUUUUCAGCUUCAGACACAGAAGCUGACUCUGCGAUCUCGUUGGUUAAAUGCUUGAACAGUGCUUCGCCAUCUUCUUCGCUUGUUUGUCGUCGCAACGAUAAUUCUGCCAUUAUAAGGCUAAACAACGAAUUGCUGAAAGCCAAAAAGAGCAACUGGGAGGUGUUGGACGCUUUGGCAAAAGCUUAUCGAGAUAUUAAAGAUCUGCGUUUGCGAGAACAGCGGGUGAAUGUUAUUCUGUCGAGUUGUGACGGUAAACUCAGCUGCACGAACGGCUUAAAUGAAAGCCUGUUGUUACCAGACAGCAAAAUUAUAGAGCUGCAGCUUGCUUUGAGGAGAGAGGAGUCUGUGAAAACGCGAGAGGACUUCCGUGCUCUUAUGAAAGAGCGAGAUAAGCUGAAGGAAUUGCUAGCUGAGAGUGAAAAUGAACGGCGUUUGGUUUCGCUUACAAGUGAUCAUCGCGAAAGAGAGUUGGAGCUUGCUCAGAGCCGAAUAAGAGAUUUAACAGCCAAUAUCAAAGAGAAAGAUGCAAAAAUAUCAUCCGCUCAAGACAAGUUGGCUGCCUUUGAGAAAGAUAUGAAACAGAAGAACGAAGAACUUGGCAAAAUUCUAGACGAGAAAUAUUCAUUUAGGGAUGCUGUAGUCCGGAGUGAACAAGAGGUAGAAGCUCUGACAGAAAAACUUCAAAACCUCUUGCUUUACAAGGAGGAAAAUGUCAAGAAUUCUAAUUACACGGGUCACUCGCUUGGAAUUCAAACUGAUAAUUCGCGCCAUCUAAGCGAAGGGCAAGUUAUCGUGGAGGACGAAAGACUUCAGGAUGAGAUACGCGUCUUAGAGGCAAGACAUAACGAGGACAUGAGGGUCACCAACGAUUUGCGUGCACAACUUAAAGAAUGGGAAAGGAUUGUUGCUGCCAUGAAUAAACAUGUGGAAGAUACGAACCAGCAGCAGUUGGGAGCUCGGAACGAAAUUGCUGAAUAUGUAAGGAUGCUUGAGAAACAAUUGAGGGAAUUGAAGAAGAACAAUAGAUCAAUCGCUAACAGACAGAGCGAUUCUACGCGAGAUAAGGAGAAGUGGUGUACUGAAGCUACUACACAGAGUGAGCCAGCAAAACUUGAGGAGUUAGAAGAUUGGCAGCAUACUAGUCAAGAAUUAGAGUUAAACCAAUCGGCUGAUGUGAAUUUCGUAGAUUAUCUAAAAUGUUCCCAGUCAUCUGAAGUUGAUGGCGAGAAGGAUUUGAAAGACGCUCUGCGGGACAGCGAGAUAAUUGCUGUUGAUUUAGACAACGUUUUCGCUUCCGAAGAGGAAAGUGUCGACUUUCGUCUUCAAUCUUCGACCGGACUUGUCGUUCAGCCUGACGAUGUGCGAAUGGCUAGAGUAGCAUUCGCAGAAACCUUUGUUGCCCACGUUCCAGAGGUAAGAACUGUUACCAAUGUCUCUGAUUCUAGUGCAACCAAUGUGAGGGAUUCUUAUGUCUCCGUCCAACGCCCAGCUCGGAAAACGGGCUCAGGAAAAAGGAGAAAGCUGCCACAGGCUACCAGGAAAACAAGUGUCUCAAGCACAAACAGCGAAAUAUCACAGUCUGACGAAACACUAUCAAUAACGUCAUCUGAAUCACAUAUAUCGCGUGAUACAACAAAUAUGCGUAGGGUGUCCCGCGGAGGGUCAGGUCGGCGACUACCCACUGUCCCCGGUGGAGUCGUAGAAAUCGAUGUACGUCCCAUGAACGUUGAUGUUUCUGCGGAUAAUUCCGCGGCUAGACAGCCCCCGGCAGUGGCGUCAAUAUAUCAGAAAGGUUUUACUGUUCCUAGUAGUCUUCGGCAAGAUUCUGGAUUUGGUGAAAGUUUGAGAAUUUCUCCUGUGCCCACAAGCAAGGAUCACGUAUUCGGUAUUAACAAGCUGAGGAGAAAGUUUAACAAAGAAAAGAGAGGUCCAGGAUCACCAAAAGUCGAUGAUACUCGAGACUCCAAAAAGGAGCGUUUAAGGCGGAAGCUCUGCUUGGGAGGAAGUAGACGUAGAAAUUCAGUUGGCACUGUGAGCAGCGUCUCCGAUAGUUUCAAAUCGGUGACUCCUUUGAAUAGUGACGCAGAGGAUGAGGGCGGAUCAGUAAAUGAAUCUUUUGAUUGGGAAAAUUUGUCACCGGCCAUUAAGACUUCGACACCAAGGAAAGGAAUCGAGCAAAGGAUCAAAGGUGGCUUUCCUCAGCGGUCCAAGCAAAUCACAGGCCAGCGUAAGAGAUCCGCCUUGCUACUUGUAUUUCGGCAUCUAAAUCCUGUUGAGCUCUGUGGCCUAGCACGAGUGUGCCGUGAAUGGCGCGCACUAAGUGAGCAUCCUUCGCUUUGGAAACACGUUACUUUACACGAGAUACCGCUGAAUAAUAUGGCUCUUCAGGUAAUAUCUAGGAGAUGUAGCUCCACGCAAUUCCUAAGGCUCAAAGGGCUGAGGAGAGUAAGAUCAAAAGACAAAUGCAAUUCUUCAAAGACAUCAGAGGAUUUGCGGUGUUAUCUAGAGAGGGGGAUGGAGUAUAUUUUGAAGGCUGCUGGUUCAAGCUUGUUGAGCCUGCACGUCGAAGACUGCGGCCCAUUGAUAUCAGACAGGUGUUUAGCUUUGGCAGGCUCUCACUGUAAAGAGCUACAAGCAUUUAUAUACAUUAGUGAUUCAUAUCCCGCUUGUCCUGAGGCACUGUGGGCUUUAUGGGCGUGUAGACAGCUUGUCACUCUCAGAGUACCACCGAUGUUUCCAUGUGACCAUCCUGGACGAUUCAAUGACAAGAGCGUGGAAACGAUAGCAAACUGCUGGCCAAAUAUGCGCCAUUUGUCGGUAGGCGGACCCAGUCUCUCGUCUGCGGGACUUACUUAUAUUGCCAAAGGUUGCCUGAGGCUCCAAGAGCUGGAACUUGAUCGGACAAUUGCAAUCAACGAAGAAAUUGCCCACGCCAUGUGUCUCUGUGGACUACGAGGCCUGGAGACUAUAUCCUUCACAUUUACCCCAGUCUCUCCCGGAGCCAUUAAGGAAUUACUCGGUGCUUGCCCAAGGUUAGAGCGCAUCGAAGUACACAUUGGGAUAUCAGAUUACUUUAUAGACGUGGACGAUGACGCCACCAAAAGAAAAUACUCUCGCAUUGUUAAGAAACUUGAGGCUUUAAAAGGAGAGAAUCAAGAAUUUGCCAGAGUACUUUGGAUAAAAUCUGAUUAUGGAUGAGUUUGCCUCGUUAUUGCCUGCUAACUUGCACGUGACGAAAUUGGUGGUACAAAAAAUGAAACGUCUAAAUAACUAUUUAUUGAAAAAAAUGUAGAAUUUAUAAAAUGGGUUAUUUUACAUAUUCUAUUUUGCGCUCAGUAAUAAAUUAUUUCCU